AUGGAUCAUUUCGGGUCCUCAGGACUCGGGUACGGCGGCGGCGGCGGUGAUAGGGGCGCUGACGGUAAUCGCCGGUCGAACUUCAACAACUCUCCGGAUAUGAACCUCAAAGCUCAGGCACCGCCUGUCAUCCAAACAUGCGCGGAUGUGAAGCCUCGGCUGACAAAGGAGCAACACGACGUUCUCGAGCGGCACUUUCUAGAGCACCACAAACCAAGCACGGCCACAAAAAAGGGGUUUGCUGAGACGCUGGGAGUGCCGCUGGACAAAAUCAAUAACUGGUUCCAAAAUCGCAGGGCCAAAGUCAAGCAGGAUGCUAAAAAGCAGCAGAUGGUCCAGAGUACAUACAGUGCAAUGAUGAUGCCUCUGCAUUCUCAGUACCCAGUCAGCAUGCACAACCAACAGUCCACCGAGGAAGGUUUUCCACAUGGUUACUACAUAUCCAGUCAGGACAUCACACAAUCAGGCUUUUCCGCGGCGCCCCACAUGCCAGAGCUGGAUUCGGACGCAUCUGCUGCUCAAACACAGCACUAUUCCGAGUUCACCAACGGGUUGCAUUCGAUCCAGGAAUCGACCCAGCGUGUUUCUCGUGGUGGCAUUGUCCACAAUCUUGCGGCAGCUGGCUACCCUGUGGACUCAUUCUCGUUGUCGGAUAGCUUUACUGACGGCGGACAAUAUCUCGGCCUGGAGUCAUCUGUAUAUUCGCCGGGCCCCAUGAAUGGCUCAGGUUUCUUUUCCGAACCGGACAUCAGUACGCCUGCGCCGUUCGGAGACAUCUCGGGCUUGAACCGUACGAUGGACGGUCGCCAAGCUACACAAACAUCGGAGUCCGCACUAGCCCAGCCUUUUCGUAACCUCGGAUCAGUGUCUCCAGAUACUUCACCGGAUCCUACAAAUCAUUCUAUGCCAAGGUCUCAAUCGCCGAGCUCGACGAACAUGAACUCAGUGGCCUCUGUCUACUCUGGCUGGACCGAAGACAAGCAAUCGCCCUUGAGUGCGACGCCAAUUAAUCCGUGUGAGGACUCCUGGGGAAGCCCCAUCGGCAUUAUUCAGGAGGAUCAGUGCAACAAUGGAGAGCCCAGCAGCUUCUGGUCUGCUAGCUACGGCAAAAACUUUCAGAAUCACCCAUCCCAGGGUUAUUAUCCACAGUACAGCCACUCCAGUCAAACGCUAUUGUCUUCCCCGCCAACGGCAAGAGAUAGCAUGCCACCCCACAUAAGCGAACCCGAUGCCAACUACCCUCUCGCGAUGCCUGCAGCGGAUCUCGGGCGUAAGGACUCCUCAACUUCUGCGUUAACAGAGUCAAUGGGUGCGGUUGGCAUCAAAGGUACAUCGCCGACGGGCAGUAACUUCAAGCAUCCAAGUCAACCGUCGAGCAUCGCCGCUCGAAGACAGCGACCCCGACCGGCGGCACUGGGACCUGCAGCACUGAACCAUAGAAGUGCAUCGUACAGCGCUGGGAUGCCUGUCUCAGGUGGCGCUUCCCAGUCACUGAACCCGCCUGAUCAUACGCUUCGGCGAAUCAGGUCAACAGGCGUCGGUCGGAUUCAGAAACCAACACCGGGCUCAGCUCAGCGAUCGCCGCUGAACUUCACAUUUGCAGAGGGUGGCCUUACCGCCGCGUCGCCCAAGUUCUGCGGUCAGCCAUCUAGUCAUGGCACUCCCACUUCGACAUCCCAGGGCUUCUCGUCAAUCAACAGCAGUCUGGCUCCACCAACGCCCUUGACACCGCGUGAGAUGUCGCACUUCCCAUCUUGGCAGCGUAGCGGCAUUAAGAACUCAAUCAACCUACCGGAGCAUAGCAACCCUGACACGCUAGCUGUGUCGUGGUCUAUCUCGGGACCAUCGCCUGGCAUGUACACUGGCUCGGUCUCAAACAUUGGUUCGCCGCCAAUUACACCUCUGGAUGCGGCUCAAUUCGGACAUCGCCCGCGUCUGAGCAACGCCUCGAUUUACCGCGACACACCACCGCAAUCAGCACCGGCGAUACAGCAGUGCUUCCCCCGCUCGGUCUUCGUGCCGCAGUCCCACGCCGUCGCUGUAUCGCAGCCGUUCGACGAGCACCCCGAAAUGACCGCUCCCGUGUCUCAUAUGAGAAGGCCAUCGCUGCCAGAUGCUGCACCGGUCUUCCAAGCCGGACUGUACUACCCAUACGCGGUGCCGAUGGUCAACAACGACACGGGUUGCCUCGGGUUGGAUUACCCAAUCCAGUCCACACCGGCCGCGCCGAGUGGGCAUCAGCAGUUCCACACGUAUGCCCUGCCGCAACAGAGUGGCCGGCCGGUGACUUCUGGCACUGCUCAGCCUGGCACCAUGGCUGCCGAAUUCUUCAUCCAUGAGUACUCGCCUCCACAGGCCGCUAAUCAGGCAUUCUCUCCUCCACGGCAGCAGGAUUCGCAGAGAAAGCAAUACAUCUUUGCGAACGCUGGGCCGAGGGAUUUCCGAGUUGGUGCCAGCUGA